CUUCCGCAGGUGCGCGCUCGCAGCCGGAAAUAUAUUGAGACAAACAAAACAGGGAGAGCACGACCGAGGCGUGUAUGUGGGAUAUUUUGAAAUCAAAUGUCCAGCUAUACUUCAUCGCCGAGACCAGAUAACGACGACGACCUCGACAACGACGACAUCUACAGCACAGACGAGGACGGCAACGAUUCUGAUGAAGACACUGAAGAUGCCAGCGAAACAGAGGACAAGCAGCAGAACAAUCUUCCCCGCACUGAGAUAAGGGAGCAGAUGUACCAGGAUAAAUUGGCUCAUCUGAAAAAGCAACUGCAGCAUCUGAAGGAAGGCACCCUCCCCGAAUACAUCAAGCGGAACAGGAGGAUCGAACAGCAGUAUCGUGAAAGACUGCGUCUGAACGAGAUCUGGAGAGAUAUUGAGCUGGAGAUAGUUGAGAGAGAACAUAAGAAAGAGAAGAAAGCAUCAGCUAAAGAGUUUGAGGAGAAGAAGAUCGAACUGAAGGAAAGUCUAAUCAUGGAUUUGGAGGAGAAGAAGAGAAACGUGGAGUGUGAGAGGGGAACGAUGGACAUGAACACUAGCAGUGGUACAGGAAUGACAGACUUUAUGGAAGUGAAGCCGAUCAUGACGAGGAAACUGCGGAGGAGGCCAAAUGACCCAGUGCCACUUCCAGAGAAGCGGAGGAAACCAUCGCCUGCUCAGCUUAAUUUCUUCUUGGACGAACAAGAGAUUCAGGAUGACCUCCGCAUCAUCAAUAAAGUGAGCGGUAAACCAAUCAACAAGAAGCCGGCGCCUGUCCCCACGCCGAUAGAAGGCGUGUCCGAUGUCAAGAUUGAUGAUGGCAAACUCUACUAUGACAAAAGAUGGUUUCACAGGAACCAGCCAGUGUUUGUGGAGUCGAAGGAGGGGGGCAAGGUGUGUGGCGUCAUCACAGGCGUCGGCUCGCAGGAGAUCUGGGUGCGGAAGACGUCUGACAACACCAAACUCCGUAUCUACGUCUCCCAGCUACAGAAAGGCAAAUACAUCCUCCGUCGUCGCUCCACAUGACCUGUGUGAGAUGUCAUCACCCUGUCAUCACUGUCAUACAUAUGACGUCAUGCUCAUCACCAUUUUACAUCAUGUUGUCAUGGCAACACUCGAGAUAACCACUGGGAUAUUUAUACUCUACCGUCUACAGCUCUGUAAUUGUUCUACCACUACAAACAGUUAUUUAUUGGUGAAUCUUUUCGCUGUCAGUCCUAUUCUGAAUGAUCUGCAUAAGGAUUUAAUAAAUAAUCUUUUGACUGACCAAGGGGUGCAAAGUAUAAUAAUAAGCUUGAUGUCAUGUUCAUUGGCAUAUAUUGGCAUUAAUGCAUAUUAUUAAUAUCAGUGUCUUGAUCCUGAAAUGUAAACAUCAUGUAAAGAUGUUUACAGGGACAAAAUUCUCAAACAUAUUUAAAUUUUUUGAUAUGUUAUUCAUGUUAAUAUUGUUUGUAUUUUAGAAUAAUUAUGAUGUAGAUUCCCAGUACAUAUGUGGUAUAGCGUUGUUUUCCCACCGUGUUCCUGAUACAGGGACUGAUCCUGUCCAGCAGUGGUUGGUCCGAUAACAGACGUCUGGAGCGUGCAUUCAGUCUAACAGAUUUCCUGGUUCUGUGACCUUGUUACAUUAUUAUCCAAUCCCAUGUAGAAAUGUUAGUCAACCAAUCAGAUUGUGGCACACACUCCCAUUCAUUCAAACUGUAGUAGGGGGGCGGUCGGGUAGCCUAGUGGUUAAAGCGUUCGCUCGUCACGCCGAAGACCCGGGUUCGAUUCCCGACAUGGGUACAAUGUGUGAAGCCCAUUUCUGGUGUUCCCCGCCGUGAUAUUGCUGGAAUAUUGCUAAAAGCCACAUAAAACCAUACUCAAUCACUCACUCACACUGUAGUAUAUCAUACGGUUAAUCUCAAUGCUUUUGAUUCAUUUUGCUUCAUGAACUGAUCAGUGAACUAAAAGCUGGCAACUAAACAUAAAAAAUAUUUAAUAUUUUUAUUUGUCAGUCCUCGUUUAUUCUGUGGAAAUUGAAAGAUAGUGUUAAGAAGUAAUCUCUCUUACUGAAGUGAAUAACUGUUCUGAUAGUUAGUAGUUCGCUCUUAAUCAAGAACAGGAUGUCAUUCUAAGCCGAUAUCACACUCAUAUCCUAAAUAAGAAGAGAAAUAUUUAAAUACUUUUUGUCUUUUCCUUUACUUCAGCGUACUGUUUAUUAGUACAAUUAAGUUAACUUAAAGCAAGGUGUUGAUGUAAUUUUAGUUUCCCGCAGUUAUUUUCAGAUAUUCCAGUGCCUAAAAUUUCUAUACAGAGUUACGUCCCUUUGGUGUGUCAGGAUCUUCUGAUCAUGGGUUCAAAUCCCAGAUUAUGAUCCUUAGUCGUCACCUACCUAUGCUUUAAGAUACAUGUAUUCACUGGAGUGUCAUAACACAUCUACAGCCACCAACCAUCAAGCUCCUCACAGCGAUAGUACGUUCCCGGAGCUCUCUAUACUAUCGCUGCCACCAGUCAAAACUCCCAACUGUGAAUAGGUGGCCACAACCAUGCUUGGAGUUGAACUCGCAACCGAAUG